CUUCGUUUCUUUCUGUUGUUUUUCGAUUUCCCCAAAGCAAUUUUCAAACUAGCAAAAUGUAAAUUUUCUGAAUCAAGAUGGCUGAGGUGUAUGCUGUGAAAUUCGAUGAGGAGUUGGCGAAAGCUCGGAAGGUGAAGCCGAUGGAGAUGCUGGAUUUGGCGCCGGAUUUUGAUGAUCUGCUAAAUCCAUAUGGUCCCCUUGAUCAUUACUCCCUGGGGCCUAGUUUUAUGGCGGAUGACACCAUGCUCCGUCGCUAUGUUCCGGUACUGCAUCCAGAGAAUCUGACUCACAAGUUCCGAUGUACUCGAUUUGGGCGUAUUCGGGGAUGGCCAUGGCCGUCGGUAAAAGUGAAUGACCCGAAGCAGCCUAGGCCAGUGAAUUGCAGCAGAGAGGCCAUGGAAGGUAUAUCAAGGAAAAUAUGCACAAGGAAGGCGAUGAUCUGCUGCAACACAUUCGGAUCAUCUGUGUUAGAAGAACAUCGGAAGUCCGUCCAGCUGACAGGGCAGAAGAAAGCAUCUGGUAGCAGUUCAAAGAAACGCAUAGAAGCAGUCGACUUAUCGGCAGAUGAAUCGGAUGCCAUGGUAACAAACGAGCUUCAGAAUCAAUGGAAGAAGAUGCUGGUAGCAGCCCAGAGCAACAUGUGUCCCCUCAUUCCAAACAACAGUUGACCGCCAGAACCCCAUAAAGGAGUGCUACCAAAAAACCCAGUGGCACAGCCGUGAUUCCAUCCGUGGAGGAAUCACAACAGCGCCUGUCCCAAAAGGUGAAAGAGACUACGCCUAUGGUGAAAACAGGUGGCAAGACGGCACAAUCAGUUGGGUCUGCGUUGAGGGUGUUGCAUGGUUUGUCUAAAAUCAGCGCAGAAGAAGUCCAUGCUCGUUAUCAUCAACUUGUGGUACUGAAAGAAGGCAACUUGUGCAAAACAUUGCUACCUUUUUCUUGUUGAAUAUGGUGUGUGGUUUUGUCUUUCCUUUUCUUUUGCAACUGCAAUAGCACGAAGUUUGGGGCUGUUAUAAAUAUCGUUUUGCA